UACACGAAACCAGAAAACCCCCACAUUAAAGAGCAAAACCUGAGAAUAUACAGGAAACUUGACACUGCCGGCUGCCCUGCAACGUCCUAAUGAAAGGAGAGAAAGAGAUUACGACCAAGAUGGACCCGUCUAACGGGCUGAACCGGCCGCUGGAGAUUGUCCCGCACACGGAGGUGAAGAUGAAGGACAGAGGACAGUGGAGCAACAAGCUGGAGUUUGUCCUGUCGGUGGCCGGAGAGAUCAUUGGACUGGGAAACGUGUGGCGCUUCCCGUAUCUCUGCUACAAGAACGGUGGAGGUGCAUUUUUCAUCCCCUACCUGAUCUUCCUCUUCACCUGCGGUAUUCCCGUGUUUUUCCUGGAGAUUUCUCUGGGUCAGUACACCAGCGAGGGAGGAAUCACAUGCUGGAGGAAGAUCAGCCCGCUGUUUGAAGGUAUCGGUUACGCCACUCAGGUCAUCGUGGCUCUGCUCAACUUCUACUAUAUAAUAGUUUUGGCCUGGGGAAUAUUUUACCUGUCCUUCUCCUUCUCCUGGAACCUGCCGUGGGCCUCCUGCAACAACACCUGGAACACAGAUGCCUGCGUGGAAUUCCAAAGACGAAAUGAAUCCAUUGACCAAAGUUACCUUGAAAACGCAACAUCGCCCGUAAUUGAGUUUUGGGAACGCAGAGUUUUGCGGAUCUCGUCUGGGAUUGAGGAGAUGGGAACGCUGCACUGGGAUCUGGUCCUCUGUCUGUUGUUGGCCUGGGUUCUCUGCUAUUUCUGCAUCUGGAAAGGCGUCAAAUCCACCGGCAAGGUGGUGUACGUCACUGCGACCUUCCCAUAUGUUAUGCUGUUGAUUUUACUGAUCAGAGGGGUCACACUGCCGGGAGCAUCCCGUGGGAUCCAGUUCUAUCUUUAUCCCGACUUAGGACGGUUAGCGGACCCACAGGUGUGGAUGGACGCAGGCACGCAGAUCUUUUUCUCAUACGCUAUAUGUUUAGGUUGCCUCACUGCACUCGGAAGCUACAAUAAAUACAACAACAACUGCUACAGGGAUUCUUUGGCCCUGUGUUUCCUGAACAGCGGAACCAGUUUUGUCGCUGGUUUUGCCAUCUUCUCGAUUCUCGGCUUCAUGUCUUAUGAACAGAACGUCCCAAUUUCAGAAGUGGCUGAGUCUGUGCACACAUUUGUCUGGGGUCAAUUCGUGUGUGUGGAGAGUCUGGUCACGGCUAUGGUGGACAUGUACCCGACUUUCUUCCGGCAGAAGAACCGCAGAGAGCUGCUCAUCCUCGCCGUGGCCAUCGUGUCCUUCCUCGUGGGUCUCAUUAUGCUCACAGAGGGUGGAAUGUAUGUCUUCCAGCUGUUUGAUUACUACGCAGCCAGUGGGAUGUGUUUGCUAUUUGUAGCUGUUUUUGAGACCGUCUGCAUCGCUUGGAUAUACGGUGCUAAUCGGUUUUAUGACAAUAUUGAGGACAUGAUUGGUUACCGUCCUGGGCCUUAUAUUAAAUACUGCUGGCUCUUCUUCACCCCAGCCACAUGUUUUGGUACGUUUGCGUUCUCCCUGAUCAAAUACACUCCUCUGAAGUAUAAUAACGAGUAUAUGUACCCGUGGUGGGGUUACGCACUUGGCUGGCUGCUGGCGCUCUCCUCUAUGAUUUGCAUCCCGCUGUGGGUUGUUUCUAAACUGAGCAUGGCCAAAGGUUCACUGAGAGAGCGUUUCCACGAGCUCAUCACGCCCUCACCGGACCUCCCCAAAACCAGACGAGAGCAGGAGAAACUUCAGGCCAUCUUUGCAGCCGACGGCGACACUCUUCGUCAGCGAGGCGGUCCGACUAAAGACGGGUACUUCCCUGUCGGCGAGAAGGAGUCGCACUGUUAGCCCAGCCGUCCCGUGAUGGACCACUGUAUGUUUCCCCGAGGGUGGUGCUUCUAAACCUUCCCAUGAUACCUCACACAGUACUGGCAGCCAAAUAAGCAUUACGACAGACACGCCAGGGUGACGCUCCAGCUCUCCUCGGUCUGAGAGGGGAUUCUCUCUGUUCUCAUUGACCAGAGCACACAAAAACACACUUUGUGUCAAUAUUAUAGACAGCAGAAUGUCACAAUGUAAUCACUUAUUUUAAACGUGAUAUUGGAGAGAAAGCUUAGGGUUAGCUAGCGUUACUUCUAAUUUAUGUCUUAACUACGCCACAAAAGUGUAGACCCAUGCACGGUCAAAUAUCAUUGGAUACGCAUUAUUGGCAAGUCUCUACAGGCAAAAACAUUUUUCAUGCACUGGUCAAUAUUGAGAUUUUGGG